AUGGAGCUGAUCGAAGAUGAAUUAUCAGUGCAUCGAAGAGAAUUCAACAAAAGUUCAAACGAUUUAUGGAGUGAAAUCAUGCAACAGAUGAACUCCAAUACCGUGCGCUUCGUUCGAGAUUUGGACCAACAACAGAAGCAAUCUCUAUAUUUUGUGAAAGAAUUACAUCAUCAACGAGCAGAUAAUGUUGAGUCUAGUAGUGGUUUUGAUGGUGGGUAUGGAAAUUCGGCAAAUUCAACCGACGCUGAGGUUAAUGAUUGUCCUCCAGGACCACAAGGACCAUCGGGUGAUGCAGGAGAAAGGGGCAUGGAUGGAGUGGAUGGUCGACCUGGAAAACCGGGUUUAGAUGGUAUCACCUUUCAAAUUGAAUAUGACAAAAAGAGAUGUAAGCCUUGUCCGCAAGGCCCUCCAGGAUUUCCCGGAUAUAGAGGAUCGAGAGGAAAACGAGGGCCUAAUGGCAAGAAAGGACCACAAGGGAAACCAGGUGUUGAUGGAACGAUAGGUGAAGAAGGACCCAAAGGAGAUAUCGGAUACCGAGGAGAAGACGGACAACCAGGAAAGAAAGGACCACCAGGCAAAGAUGGUAUAAAGGGUGGAUUCGGACCACAAGGUUCAAAAGGCAAAACAGGACCAGUUGGACCAAAAGGUGAUGUAGGAGCACCGGGUGAACGAGGUGAAGAUGCUAGGCCAGGUUUUCAAGGUGAAAUCGGUCCGCAGGGACCACCAGGUAAGAAUGGAGAAUACUGUCCUUGUCCGGAACGGAAUCAUCUGAACGCUCAGAAAACUGAAAGCAAAGAAGGUCUCGAAGUUGAUGCUGUCAGCAGUGUUGAUGACUCGAAUCUGGAUUAUGAUCUUAUCAGACCACCAUCCUCUUUGCCAGACACAUUCCCAUCUACGCGUCCUCACUCGUACGGAAAGAUCAGCGAGAGUUCGUACGGCAUCAAUGAGGAUAUUGCUCGUGCUCGAUCGCUGCGAAAGAAGCACUGA